AUGUCGGCCAUCAAGCCGCCGCCGCCUGACCGGCCGCCGCAGGCCGCGCGGCUGCCGUCCCCUUCCUCCUCCUCCUCGGCGGCGGCGGCGGCCAAGCAAGGCGGCACAGGCUCCCGCGGGCUGCUCAUGGGGCGCUACGAGCUGGGCCGCGUCCUGGGCAAAGGCACCUUCGCCAAGGUGUACCACGCGCGGCACGUGCAGACCGGGGAGAGCGUGGCCAUCAAGGUGCUCGACCGGGAGAAGGCCGUGCGGAGCGGCCUCGUCUCGCACAUCAAGCGCGAGAUCGCCGUGCUCCGCCGCGUGCGCCACCCCAACAUCGUGCACCUCUUCGAGGUCAUGGCCACCAAGACCAAGAUCUACUUCGUCAUGGAGCUCGUCCGCGGCGGCGAGCUCUUCUCCCGCGUCUCCAAGGGCCGCCUCAAGGAGGACAUUGCUCGCCGCUACUUCCAGCACCUCAUCUCCGCCGUCGGAUUCUGCCACACCCGCGGGGUCUUCCACCGGGACCUCAAGCCGGAGAACCUCCUCGUCGACGAGGCGGGCAACCUCAAGGUUUCCGACUUCGGCCUCUCCGCCGUCGCCGAGCCGUUCCAGCCAGAGGGUCUCCUCCACACCUUCUGCGGCACGCCGGCCUAUGUCGCCCCCGAAGUUCUCGCCCGCCGUGGAUACGAAGGCGCCAAGGCCGACAUAUGGUCCUGCGGCGUCAUCCUCUUUGUUCUCAUGGCCGGAUACCUCCCUUUCCAUGACCAGAACCUCAUGGCCAUGUACCGUAAGGUUUACAAGGGAGAGUUCCGAUGUCCAAGGUGGUUCUCCAAGGACCUUACUAGCCUGAUCAUGCGUUUUCUUGACACAAACCCAAGCACCAGGAUCACCUUGCCGGAGGUCAUGGAGAGCCGGUGGUUCAAGAAAGGUUUCCGGCCAGUCAAGUUCUAUAUUGAAGACGACCAGCUGUACAACGUGAUAGAUGCCGAGAAUGAUAUGCUCGACCUGGGCCUCCCAGACCCUCUUCCUCAACCAUUGCCGCCUCCACCUCCAUCUCCAUCUCCACAACAAGUUGAUGGAGACGACUCAGGGUCAGAGUCGGACGCAUCAGUCGUGUCCUGCCCUGCCACAUCGUCAUUUGAAGAGCGCCACAGGCUCCGCGGGCCACUCCCACGCCCCGCAAGCCUUAAUGCGUUCGACAUCAUAUCAUUCUCAAGGGGAUUCAACUUGUCGGGGCUGUUUGAGGAAAAAGGGGACGAGGUGAGAUUCAUCUCGGGUGAACCUAUGCCAGACAUUAUAACGAAAUUGGAGGAGAUCGCAAAUGUGAAGAGCUUCGCGGUGCGGAAGAAGGAUUGGCGGGUGAGCCUAGAGGGCACAAGGGAAGGGGUUAAGGGGCCACUAACAAUCUGCGCGGAGAUAUUUGAACUCACGCCCUCCCUUGUAGUAGUGGAGGUAAAAAAGAAGGCGGGGGAUAAGGAAGAGUAUGAUGAUUUCUGUAACAAGGAACUGAAGCCAGGAAUGCAGCAUCUUGUGCACCAGAUGGUCCCAGUUCCAAAUACACCUACCAUUUCUGAGUUGGCCGAAAGGGGCUUGAAUUUUCGAAUUUUGAGGUGA